AUGUAUGAAAGAUAUGCACAAGUUGAUGUUUAUUUAGAAAGUUUAAAUGAUGAUGAUAAUAUAUUAAAAGAGAAAAUUUCAAAUGAACGAAUUGCUGAUAUUUCAUUACUAAAUGAAACAUAUGAACAACAACAAUUAUAUUAUUAUACAAAUAAAUUUUGGUCAUUAAAACAACGUGCAACAUUUUCUAUUGAUGAAAUUUUAUCAACAUUUAAUGAUGAAAUAAAAACUGUACAUGAUCUUCCUAUGCAUUGUCAAGUUUAUGUUGAUAUUUGUGACUCUCGUGGUUUAAUUGCUUUACAUUUUACUACAUAUAAUAUUUAUAUUAAUAUUGUAAAUCUACUUCUUGAUUUUGGUGCUAAUGUUAAUUAA